AUGACUACACCCUAUCGCUCAAUAUCUGAAGUGUCAGACACAGAACCCACAGCAAUGACAACAUCAAUUGAAACUAGCACUGGUGUGACCUCAACCAAACAUACUGAUAUGACUACACCCCAUAUGUCAACAUCGGAGGUUGCCUCUACGGAAUUGGACUCUGAAGUUACCACUAUAGAAGUUACCACAAUGACAGGAUCAGUUGAAACUAGCACUAAUUCAACCUCAACCGAACCAACUAAUGUGACUGCACUUUAUGAGUCAACAUCGAAAGUUUCAUCUUCUGAAUCUAUCUCAGACGUAACUACUGUUGAACCUACAGUGAUACCAUUAUCAUCAUUAUCUGAAAUUAGCUUUGAUAUGACCUCAACCCCACAUACUGAUACUACUACAACCUAUCGCUCAAUAUCUGAAGUUACCACUGUAGAAGCCACCACAAUGACAGGGUCAGUUGAAACUAGCACUGGUGUGACCUUAACCAAACCAACUAAUGUGACUGCACUUUAUGAGUCAACAUCAAAAGUAACAUCUUCCGAAUCUAUCUCAGACGUAACCACUAUGGAACCUACAGUGAUACCAUCAUCAUCAUAUGAAACUAGCUCUGAUGUGACCUCAACCCAAUAUGCUGAUAUGACAACACCCUAUCACUCAAUAUCUGAGGUGUCAGACACAGAACCCACAGCAAUGACAACAUCAAUUGAAACUAGCGCUGGUGUGACCUCAACCAAACAUACUGAUAUGACUACACCCUAUCGCUCAAUAUCUGAAGUGUCAGACACAGAACCCACAGCAAUGACAGCAUCAAUUGAAACUAGCACUGGUGUGACCUCAACCAAACAUACUGAUAUGACUACACCCCAUAUGUCAACAUCGGAGGUUGCCUCUACUGAAUUGGAUUCUGAAGUUACCACUGUAGAAAUUACCACAAUGGCAGGAUCAGUUGAAACUAGCACUGAUGUAACCUCAACCGAACCAACUAAUGUGACUGCACUUUAUGAGUCAACAUCAAAAGUUUCAUCUUCUGAAUCUAUCUCAGACGUAACUACUGUUGAACCUACAGUGAUACCAUCAUCAUCAUCAUUAUCUGAAACUAGCUUUGAUAUGACCUCAACCCCACAUACUGAUACUACUACAACCUAUCGCUCAAUAUCUGAAGUUACCACUGUAGAAGCCACCACAAUGACAGGGUCAGUUGAAACUAGCACUGGUGUGAUCUUAACCGAACCAACUAAUGUGACUGCACUUUAUGAGUCAACAUCAAAGUAA